GAGGUCUUCCUGAGCCCUCAAUUGUGUGACGAUAGGAGGGGUACUCGAUGGAUUAUGAGAGUGGGGGGAGGUGGGUAUCAAAGAGGUCUAUGAGGAUAAGUUGGACUGCGGGAGCCCGCGGAUCAUUAGUCUUGAGGAACAUCCCUAACCGGUCAAAUCAUUAUGUGGUACAUACUCACAUUCCUCCUAUUUCUAUCAGGACAUACCCUCGGACGACAUCAUCAUCUGGGGGAGAUUCAUGAAAAAACGAGAUUCGAUCGCUCUAUGAGUCGAGAUGAUAAUCUCCUGAAUUUGGGCAUCGAAGCUUUUGUCGAUGAAGAAUCGAAAUAUGAAGCGUUUAAGGCAAGGAAUUCCGAAUCUAAGAUUUGUUUUCUGAGAAAAUCCGAUGGAACCGGAGAAGAAUGGCACUUUGUUACGAAUAACCACGGUAGGAUCAUCUUUCCAUCUGGUGUGGACCUAACAAAAAUCGAAGCCUGGAAAUUGGCCGGGGACAAGAUCGUAGAGUUUUGCGAUGGAAAACUAAUACAAAUACUGGAGGAUGAUCGUCCAGCUCAGAGCAACAUUGAAGAUCCAUUUUUUAACGAAAUUCCUUUCAAUGAGAAUGAUAUAGUCCAAAAACCCAUAGGGGAUAUUGUUUUAGAAACUUCGAAAAAACGUGAAAAACGUGAAGUUACAUUAGAACAUGUCAAAAAACCAAAUGUGGAAUUGGUGAGAAAACGUCGAGAAGGACGCGCAAGAUUCCGUGGUCAAACGCAGUCGCAGUAUUUAAAUAUCGGCGAUGAUGCGGGUAAAGAAGGAAAAGCCGAAGCCGAGGCUACCGAUCAAACUUCACGGGCUGUUGUCACCGGAACCAGUGGAAUGGGUCAAGCACAAAGCAUGUCAUUAGGUGGUUCAUGCGAGGACUGUUCGGUUUACCCCGGCCACACAAGCCUUGUCCCACCAGGACAAUAUGUAAGCCCAGGGCUACCCGGAGUUGUUACCCCAGUUACAACUCCUGGAAUACAACCAGGACAACCUGGGAUAUCAUAUCAGAGAUAUCCUGGUCGGCCAGAUCAACCAGGAGCGCCAUAUCCACCUGGUUAUCCUGUAUUUUCCCAUCCACCAGCCGGGCCUUUUCCUGGUGGGGUUACAAUCCCUGGCAAGCAAACAGGACAACCGGGCGUUUUAUAUCCACCGGGUUAUCCAACAAUCCACCCAGGGCACCCACCAGUAACUUAUCCUGGUUACCCUGGAGCAGUUAUGACGACCACACAAGAGCAACCACUCCAGCCCGGAGUCUCUUAUAGACCUGGAUAUCCUGGAGAUGUCGGGACAAUUCCUGCGCAACCAGGAGUGUCCUAUCCCACCGGUGGUCUAUCAACCAGAGGUCAACCUGGAGGCUCACCUGGAGUAUCCUAUCCACCAUCAGGUCAACCACCAGUGCCUUAUUCACCUGGUUAUACUGCAGGUGUAGUUAUGACGCCCGAUGUACAACAAUAUCCCGGGAUGUCGUUUCCAGGACAGCCAGGAGUCGCCUAUCCAGGAAUUCAACCAGGUCAGCCGGGAAUGUCCUAUCCCAGUGCAGUGACGCCAGGAGUUCAAUCAGGACAGCCAGGAAUAUCCUAUCCCAAUGGAGUAUCACCAGGAAUUCAACCAGGACAGCCAGGAAUAUCCUAUACAGGUGGAGUACCAUCUGGAGUUCAACCAGGACAGCCGGGAAUUCAACCAGGUCAGCUGGGAAUAUCCUAUCCCAGUGCAGUACCGCCAAGAGUUCAACCAGGGCAGCAGGGAAUAUCAUAUCCAGGAAUUCAACCAGGUCAGCCGGGAAUAUCCUAUCCCAGUGCAGUACCACCGGGGGUUCAACCAGGGCAGCCGGGAACAUCAUAUCCAGGAAUUCAACCAGGGCAGCCGGGAACAUCAUAUCCAGGAAUUCAACCAGGUCAGCCGGGAAUAUCCUAUCCCAGUGCAGUACCACCAGGAGUUCAACCAGGGCAGCCGGGAGCAUCAUAUCCAGGAAUUCAACCAGGUCAGCCGGGAAUAUCCUAUCCCAGUGGAAUACCACCAGGAGUUCAGCCAGGACAGCGGGGAAUAUUAUAUCCCAGCGGAGUACCACCACUCACUCAACCAGGACAACCAGGAAUAUCCUAUCCUAGUGCAGUACCACCGGGAAUUCAACCAGGACAGCCAGGAAUAUCCUAUCCCAGUGGAGUACCAUCAGGGAUUCAACCAGGACAGCCGGGAAUAUACUAUCCCAGUGAAAUACCGCCACGAGUUCAACCAGGGCAGCCGGGAAUAUACUAUCCCAGUGGAAUACCACCGGGAGCUCAACCAGACCAGCCGGGACUAUCCUAUCCAGGUGGGGCAAUACCAGGAGUUCAAUUGGGACAGCCAGGGAUAUCCUAUCCUAGUGGAGUACCGCCGGGUGUUCAACCGGGACAAACAGGAAUAGCUUAUCCCCCAGGAUAUGUUGGAGGUAUAAUAACAACACCGAAUCAGCUUGGAACUCCAGGAGCACCACCCUCAAACAUUGCAUAUAUUCCGGGAGCAGCAGGUGCCUCGCCAGCAGGUGCGGGAGAGGAUGAUUCUCACGCCUCAAGUUCAGUAACACAAACCGACAACGGAACAGAGGCGAGUGCUUCUGCAGAUGGUAGACUUGGUGCAGGAGUAGCACAGUCGAAAGUCAGUGGUAUUUACACCGGCGCAGGAUCGUUUUCCGCUCAAGCAGGUACAAGUGACGGGAAAAAAGGUGCCCAAACGCAAGUCUCUGGUGGUAAAGAAGGAGCAAUGAGCAGUGCCCAAGGUACAGGAGGGCUUGGUAAGAGUCAGGCGCAAGUUCAACUCAACUCUGAAACGGGAGCGACAUCAACGGACGCUCAAAGCGCUGGUUGGAAUCACGGAACAAGUUCUCAAGUUCAGGCGAGUGAGAAAGGAGGACUGGCUGAUGCCCAAGCCAAUGGCGAGGGAAGCACUUCCAGUCAGGCGCAAAUUGGCUUCCAGCCAUAUUCAGGCUCACGAGAGCAAGAGGAAACUCCCUCCAAGCCAUUUAGAGGAGGGGGAACAGCCACUGCACAGAGUGGAACUUAUCAAGGGCAAUCCCAAUCACAAAUCCAAGGAUCUUUUCAGUAUGGAAUCACUUACACUGGAGCCGCGCAAGCGGGAUCAGGGUCAGGUGCUGCUACUUCUAGAAAACCCUUCAAUUUCAGUAAUUCGGAUCCGAACCUUUUUAAAAAAAUUGAAAAGCCCGACCCUAUUUCUAUUUCGAAAGACAAUUCACGGGCAUCUACUCUUCCUCCUCCUCACCAAUCUUCUCAAUCUCAACCGGCUGGUUUAGCUGCGCCUUCUUCCGGGGAACAAGCCCUUAGAACAUCCUCCUCAUCUAGAAAAAUAGUAAUUGCAAAAACGAUACCUCAUAUUGAUGGCCCUGGUGAAAAAUCCCGAGAAGAACCAAUUUAUAACCCCGACAAUGAAGAAUACGAUGAGGACGAGUACGACGACGACGAUCUAGAUUAUGAUUCAACCACAACAAGAGUUCGAAGUGGAGGUGAAGGGUACAGACAAACUCAAUUAAUAAAAGUUGCAACCGCCAAAAAAUAUAAUGUAAAUGUGCAUCAAGAAUCUUCGAAAUUACACGAGGGCAAUAUGAUCGAACCUGGUGAAGCUCUUGCAGGGUACACUGUUCCUCCAGGGUUUAGAGCAAAGAUAACAUCAGUGUCAGGUGAAAGAACUCAGGCCCAUAGUGGAAAUUCUCAAGCACAAACUGUUUCCUUGACUCCGACAACACAAUCAUCGAAAAAUAUUGAUUCCAGUUACAAAAAUGGGCAGGACCCUUCAGGAAGCUAUAACCGGACUACGCAUGAGUAUUCAAAACUUUUGAGCACCAGUAAUACUAGGAACAUGAAUCCAGUUCCGGCGAAGCCAAAUUAUGUAACAGUAACUAACAGUGUGGCUGGAAAAAUGGAUGACACACGCAGAAAAUAUGAGCAUCGUUAUUAUACAAAGAGUUCCACCUGUGGUUAUUUUACGUUCUCUUGCAAUAUUGUGCAUGGUUCCAAUGGCAGAACCAAAAUUUGCAAGCCCAAAAUGCCCACAUACUCCGACGGAACACCCAUGAAGUGCUGAUCACAGUAGAUUGAAUAUCACGCCAUUACAAUGGAAUAUUACCAACUCUGAAUCUCAUCCUUUAUUGAUGCACAGUACGCUUCAUUGCA